GCGCUACUCAAGUGAUUGACACAUGAGAGUGUUGUGUAGCAGCUGUUAGGGUUAGGCGUGUGUGUGUGUCCAUGGAAUUUUCUGGACGUGCUGUGAUCACACAACUUUUGGAAAGAGACCAGGAUGACUCUUCAGUGGACAGCAGUGGCCUUCUUCCUCUAUGCAGAGAUAGCCGUCAACCUCAUCCUGUGUGUCCCAUUCAUAUCAGCACAGAGAUGGCGUUUGGUUUUCAAUUGGAGAAUAUGGAAAUGGUUAUCACCUUACUGGAACAAGUGCUUCUUCACCAUGAUCAUGGUUCUUAUGGUUCUUUUCUUUGAUGCUGCCCGCGAGGUGCACAAGUAUUCAAGCCCCGAACCCAUGCAAGAAGCUAAGGUGAACUCCAAUCUCUUCGACCAUCUUCACAUGAGGCUCUUCAGAGCUCAGCGCAACCUCUACAUCUCAGGCUUCUCGUUCUUCCUGUGGCUUGUCAUGCAGCGGGUAAUCAUCUUGCUCAACCAGGUGGCUGUCUCUGUGGAGAACAAUGCAGGUCUUCAAGCACAGAUGGAGAACACUGCCAAAGCUGCCAAACAGCAUCAAGAGCACAAUCGUGUACUCAAACAAACUCUCUAUGAUGAGGAAAAAGUCAUUUCAGAAAAGAAUCAGCAGCUGAAGCUUGAAGUUGAGAGCCUGUCCAGUCAGCUGAAGAUGGCAGAAGAAGUCCUGCUUGUGUGUGCAGCUGUGCACAAGUCCCACACUGAAGUGGAGGCCAUGAACAGGCAGGCCAAAGGUCUGGCUAAGGAGUACGAACGACUGCUGAGCGACCAUCAUCAGCUCCAGAAUCUUGAGAGUGCUGAAGACAAAAAAAUCCAAUGAUAAACGGGGAAGGAUACUGCCAAUUCUUUAAGUGGACAUAUUAUGGAAAAUUUACUUUUUAUUGUUUGUAUAUAGAUAGAAAGGGAACUUAUAUUAUAUUAUGAGUUACAAGCCGCCACUUCAUUGAUUUUUUUGCUUCGUGUUGCAAGCCAAAAUCUUGAGUUACGAGUAAGCUUCAGAUACAUUGCUGCUCAAGUGAAGAGAAAAAUAAUGGAUAUGUUGGGGUACUGUAAAACCAUUUACAGAACAAGACAAACAGUCAAACACACAAAUACAAAAUGAGAAACACUCACAAGGACCUGCUGUAGGGCACAACUCACAUUCAGACCCUCACACGCAGACUAAGCAGCCAACCUGACUCCAGCUCCUGACGUCACUCAUUAGACCACGCCACUUGAAGGCACACAUCCAACACAUGAAUACUACAGUAUUCUUAUAGAUAUUACACUUUAUAAAACCAGUUUAUUUCAGUCCUUUGUAUUGUUUAUGUUUUGAUUCAAUGCAGUGCUAUUUUUCUUUUUUAAUCAAAAACAAGUAAGGAAAACGUGGAGUUUUGGUGGGGCUGGAAUGGACGUCAUUUCAAUUCAUUUCAAUAGGGAAAAUUUAUUUUAUAUGCAGCACGAAUAAAGUGGGUUACCAUCUUACCAGCUUGGUCAUGGAACAAAUGAAACUUGUAACUCAAGGUACUGUAGUUGGUUUUGUUCACUGGAGUGCCUGAUAAGCCAUCAAGUGUGAAAUUAAACAACCAAGUCAAUCUUUU